ACCCUCUCUCUCUCUCUCUCUACCAUCCCGCCUCCCAAACCCCUGCAACAAUGGCGUCCUCAACCUCGGCUCUCCCCAAGACCCGGAAGAAGAGAGACAACAAGUACAAGCUGAAGGACCUCAAGGCCCUCGGCCACCAGCUCCUCUCCUCCCGCGCCCACGUCAACAACCUCCCCCUCCUCCUCUCCUUCGUCUCCCCCGCCUCGCCGCCGCCCCACGCCCUCGAGUCCCUCCUCUCCCUCCAGUCCUUCUUCACCCCGCUCGUCCCCGACCUCCCCCCGUCCGCCGCCUCGAGCCUCGGGGCGGGCGCCCAGGCGGACCCCGAGGUGAUCUACAGGACGUGGCUCCGGUCGAAGUUCGACGAGUUCGUCCGCUCGCUCAUCGAGGUCGCGGUGUCGGCGCAGGCCGAGGAGACUCUCAAAGAAAUUGUGUUGGAUGCGAUAAUGGAGUUCGUGAAGAUGGGAAAAGGGGGCAGGUUUCAAUCAGCCAUUUACCACCAGCUUCUGCAUAGCAUUGUCUAUUCUUCUACAGAAGUUGAGUUUUUGUUGGAAUUGCUUUCAUCCAAGUACUUAAAGUACAUUGACAUUCGCUACUUUACAUACAUUACACUAGAAAAGCUUUCCAGGAAUUUGGAGACUAAAGAUAUGAGAGAUGACAGAAGUGUUGCUGAUGGCGAGGAUGGGAGGGAUUUGAAAGCUAGCAUCAAGCGCUCAAUUAGUACGAUCCAUUACAUCAUAUCACAUGUCCCUUCUCUGAACAGCCUGGAUGAAAAGUCUGAUUGCGAGAUGUGGAGUGGUUCAGGUGAUGCUAGUGGAACAUCCGAGUCUUUAAAACCAGAAGUUGAAAAGCCUAAAAGUGAAAAGCACGAGUCUUCUGUACUGUCUGCCACCAAAAUAGCUAAGAAGAUAAAAUUGAAGUUCACGAAAGCCUGGAUUUCAUUUUUGAGGUUGCCACUUCCACUUGAUAUAUAUAAAGAGGUUCUAGUCUCUCUCCCUCAGGCAGUAAUUCCUCACCUAUCUAAUCCCAUCAUGUUAUGUGAUUUCUUAACUAGAUCGUACGACAUUGGUGGAGUUGUCAGUGUCAUGGCUCUCAGCAGUCUCUUCAUCCUAAUGACGCAACAUGGCUUAGAAUAUCCCAACUUCUAUGAAAAGCUUUAUGCACUUUUGCAACCCUCCAUCUUCAUUGCAAAGCACAGGGCAAAAUUUUUCGAAUUGCUUGAUUCCUGCUUAAAAUCACCCCUCCUUCCAGCAUAUCUGGCUGCUGCUUUUGCUAAGAAACUUAGUCGACUAGCACUUUCUGUGCCUCCAGCUGGGGCACUGGUUAUUGUUGCUCUUAUCCACAAUCUCUUGCGACGGCAUCCUUCAAUCAACUGUUUGGUGCACAGGGAAGAUGGUGAGUCUGAGGCCAAGGAUCAUCUGAAAUUGGAAGAGCAGACUGCUGGCAAUGGAAAUGACUCAACUGGCAUGCUUUUGUCUAAAAAACGCAGUUUUGAUCAUUUCCGGGAUACUGAAGUUAAUCCUGUAAAGACUCAUGCAAUGAGAAGUUCACUUUGGGAAAUUGAUACGUUACGACACCAUUACUGUCCUCCAGUAUCAAGGUUCGUCUUAUCAUUGGAGAAUGAUUUGACAGUCCGGGCUAAGACAACAGAAGUCGCCAUUAAAGAUUUUAGUUCUGGUUCAUAUGGAACUAUAUUUGCAGAGGAGGUAAAGUUACUUUCAAGUCUCCAAAUUCCAUAAUUCAUCUAUCUGUGGUGAUGUUGCUUAAGAUAUAAUUCAUACUACUAUCCGCCUCCAUUAUUUUGCUUCACUUUUGUACUUCUUGUCUCGGUCUGUUUUGUCUUCUCUAUUUCUUUGGCGAACAGCUAGAUUGGAAUCUGUUCUGGGGGCAGGCUUUUUUGCUUUUUAUGUUUGUUCUUUGCAACUCAUGGCUGAUUUACAUGUCCUGCAUACGUUGAGGAAGGAGCUUGUGUGUCAAGUACAUUGGGUCUUUUGCUUUUCAAUGAUUUUCAAAUUUGCCUUUCGCAUUCCACUAAUGUAGUCUGUUUUAUUCAGGAAAUAUGCUGUUGAUGUAUCAAUCAAAAUCAUAUGUUAUAUUUUCUGUCGCUUUAAUUGUAUUAUGUGAUAUCAGCUCUCUCCAUAACCAUUUCUUGUACCCCUCCGCAGAUGAGACGAAGGGUAAAACAGGUGCCCCUUGCAUUUUAUAAAGCAACGCCCUCGUCUUUGUUCUCAGAAUCUGAUUUUCCUGGUUGGACUUUCCAUUAUGAAAAUGGGGAGAAAAUGGAUUCCAACGAUGAUGAUAUAACUACAAAUAUGACUGAAGAUCACGCUGACAAAUCUCUGAAACGUCAGCGAGUGAAUGGAAUAACCUGAUGACUAAAAGCUCUCAUCUGCCUUCGCUGUGAUCUCAUGCAGGCAUACCUGGUCAUCACUGCCAAAGAUUUUUUGACCUAAGUUGCAGUUUAGUACCUUAUAGCAAUUUUACAGAAAUAUUUUAUCCAAAUCUUGUUGUAAAUUAACUUCGAAAAGACGUGAGCACAUUAAAAAAUUGUUCGUGCAAUUCUUCUGCUCAAUAAUUUAUCUUGAUUGAAAUUUUGAAAUA